CGAAUCGCCAAUUUUCCCGGGAUAACUGACCUGACCAAUCAGAUAAAAGGUAUGACGUAGAGAAAGCGUCACCAAAAGUUGCGUGGCGGAAGGUUAGACAAACAAAACUACUACUGUACAGUAGGUCAACACAUUCAUACGAUUGUUAUGGUUAAAAGAUGUGCAUUCGGACUUUGCAACAGUGACAGUCGGUAUCCGGCCCGGAAUAAGGGGGUGAUAUUUUACCCAUUCCCUAAACCUAAAACAGAUAUUGACAAAUGCCGACGGUGGAUCAAGGCGUGUAAUCGCCCCCACAAACAACUCAACGUCGACAGGAUAACAAAAAACACUUAUGUCUGCUCCAAGCACUUUAUGAAUGGCUGUGGUCCUACACCAACAUAUCCUGACCCCAUUCCUCUGACUUCCAGCACACCCAAGCCAUCUAGACCCCCUCCAAAGAACAGGGGAAUCUUCAGCAAACAGUCAAGUGAAUCAGAAAAUCAGGAAGACCCUGAUAAUCAAUGUGAAGAAUCUUCUCAGCAUGUUACUGCCACUGGUGUGUCAACUUGCUCUCAAACUGAGGAAAAAUGGGUUGAACCUAUGGAUGUUUUACUACUGGCUGCUGAAAACAAGAACAUUUUGGAGGAAAAUAGAAGCUUAAAUGAUUUGGAGAGCUUUCCAUCUGGCCUCACAGAAAUGUCAUCAAAGAAAAUAUGCCACCCAAAUUUAAAGAAGAAUUUCCGACAACUUUUGGUAUUCUUGACUGCACAGAAAUAAAAAUCAACAAACCAUCAUCUCUUAAGGCCCAAUCACAAACCUACAGUGACUAUAAAAGCUGCAAUACUACGAAAGGUUUAGUAGUGUGUGAUCCAAGGGGUUCAGUUACAUUUGCUUCCAUGUUAUUUAGUGGCGGUAUAUCUGACAAGGAUAUUUUUGUGCGAUCAAAGUUUGAAGACAUGCUCAAAGACUUGUUGGAUGAGGAUUACCUACUCCAAGGAUAUGGACUCAUGGCAGAUAAAGGAUUUAACAUCGAAGAGGAAGUAGAGAAAUGUGGGCUGCAAUUAAACAUACCACCCUUUGCAACCAUUGGAAAACAAAUGACCAAGAGUGAUGCUUUACUAACCAAGAAAAUAGCUAAACGUAGAGUUCACGUUGAAAGAGCUAUUGAGAGAAUCAAACGUUUUAAAAUUUUAUCUGGAAAAUUCAAACUCUCUUUAUUUACUUUGAUUAACCAAAUAUGGUAUGUCUGUGCUAUGCUUUCAAAUUUUUUUCCUCCUUGCAUUAAAAACAAAACCUAAGUCAAAGCUUUUAAUUUUUUAAAAAUAAAUAUUAACCAGUUAAAAUGCAUUUCAUACAUGUAAUGGGGUAUUUUCUUGACUAAACGCAUUACCCUCAGUAUGUAGUGUAUAAUUAUGUAUUUUAUUCAUGUUUACCGGUAUAUGCAUACAUGCAAUAUUGUUGUUAUUUGAUGAAAUUUAAUUACAUGAUGUACCGGCAUAUCACAUAUGAUAAAGUAUUAAAAUAUUGAC